GUUCGCAAAAUAUCACAAAAAGUAGUUUUCUUUUUCACACACUGUCGCAUAAACACAAAUGAAAAUAGCAGCUAUACAGUUAUAGAAUAUCAAUCAAAUGUGCAGCUAUGACACAGCCAAACCAAGUAAACGUAGACAUUGAAAAUGUUCCUCCAUCCGAAGUAUCGCCUCGGAAUAAUGUUUUGGUCAGAUUGGACUCAAUUUCUAGGCCUUCGCCAACAAACAGGAACAAUGUGGGUCUCGGGGACCGCCUUAGCAGUGUCUUCAGGGAGAUUAGACCACUCGUUGAGCAUGCCCGAAUGGGAAAUAAUGCAAGGCUAUCCCUUCCAACAUGGCUUCCUCGGAACCCACCUAGCACACAUCAAGCAACAGAAGUUCAAAGACCACAGAGUUCUAUAGCACAUGUGAACUUGGGCCCCAAUGCCCAAACUUACAUAGUGAACGAGCGGGUAGUGCUGGGGUCCCUGCCAUUGUCCCCUACACAUGGAAUGAGUAAUGGUAAUGUGGCCAUCGGAGAGCCUGAGGCUCCAGAGCCUGUUACAGACCUCCAGGACAUCAAUGUGUCCGUCAACCCGUCUAACAAUAACAAUAUACAUGACAAUGUGGAUAAUGAUAGCCAAAGUGAAGAUGGCACGCAACAGGUAGUAGACGUGCGCGGAACACUGAACCUGCUGAUCCGCUACGCGCCGUUCUACUUCAUCCUGUUCAUCAAGUUCCUGUACGACGCGCGCGCGGGGCUCUUCGCCUUCUUCCUGCUCUUCUUCACAUUCUCACACGGAAAUGCUGCUGUUAAGCGAGAGCACGCCGCGCAACUGAACCGCAGCAUAGUGGGCCUCGGCUUCGAGCUGGCGUGGACGGCCGGCUUCGUGGCCGUGGUGCACUACGUGUUCGGCGAGGGCAAGCUGCUGCCCAACGUGGUCAUGUUCCCCGCGUACGCCGGGCCCAUCGACGUGUGGGAGCUGCUGUGGCUGGUCGUGCUCACCGACCUCGUAGUCAAGAUCAUCACGGUCGACGUGAAGAUAUUGCUCACUAUGAUGCCUGCGUGCUUGCUGCCCUUUCAGAAAAGGGGUAAAGUGUACCUGUUCAUCGAGUCGGUGUCGCAGCUGUACCGCUGCCUGCUGACCAUCCAGCCCUGGCUGUUCUACCUCAUGCAGUCCUACGAGGGCUCGGAGAAGAUGGUCGGCAUGUUCCUCGUCUCCAUAUACACGGUGGCUAAGCUGAUUGAGCUGCUCAUGAGGAUACGACUCUUCAAGAACGCUACGUGGACCAUGCUGCAGAGUGUGAAUUUCGGCACGAAGCCAACGAGCGAGCAAGUCCUCGCCGCGGGCGAUGCGUGCUCUAUCUGCCACGACGACUUCAAGACGCCCGUGCGGCUGUCCUGCUCGCACAUCUUCUGCGAGCCCUGCAUCUCCGAGUGGUUCGACAGAGAGCACACGUGUCCGCUCUGUCGCGCCUCCGUCGAGGACGGCCAUGCGUGGCGCAACGGUUCAACGACCUUCGACUUCCAGCUGUACUAGUGUGGACGCUCAGCGGAAUAGUGUGAUGAGUUAGGGCUCGGUCGAACUUUUAGGUUCAAGUUAAGUCUUACAGCCUUGACUUGAGCCUCUAAGGCUCGACCGAGCCACCUAAUCCAAUGCAGUGGACUGCAUGGUAUGGACGUUAGUGGCACUUUGGUGUUCGAAAUGAGCUUUAGCGUGAUUCUUGUUUUAGGUUAAGCUUUAGUUAAUUAAGCGGAAUGCCAAGCUGGUGUGACAGUGGGGAGCGAGAGAAUUCAUGUCCUA